UGCCAAGUCUCUCACAACGGCCUGUAUAAACGAGCCUCAACCGAACCCUCCCACAACUCCCAAAGCAUUUGCAAACCAUCAUCCAUCCUAGGGUCCCGGUAGCUAUAGCUGCUUACUUUAAACAAGGAAGAAGAAGCAGCGGCAGCUCAACAAGAGUUCAGGAGAGGGACAUGGCGUCGAUGAUGGGAGGAGACUUCGUGGAGGCCUACGUGCUCAAGAACGCAUACAAGGAGAAGAUGAGGCGCAUGGACCAAGCCGAAGCGGGGGCGCUCGACGGCGCGAAGAACGGCAAGGAGGCCGCCGGCGCCGCCGGAGAGAAGAAGGCUGCUGGUGGUGGUGGUGCGAGCAGCAGGGGAGGCUUCUUUGGCCUCAUGAAGAAGAAGGUGCACCCCAAACCCAAAGAACCGGCGGCGGCGGCUACUUCCUCUUGAUUGUAUUACAGUACUGUAUUUGCCAUGCCACGAAGUUGUAAGACGCAGCUUUUCUUUCUAGCUAGGAGCGUGUGUGCGUGUGUGUGUGUGUUAGUUCUUCCGAAUCGGAGGAGUGUGUAAAGCAACUUCUUUUGUUGAUUGGUCAAACAAAGUUGACGAAAAUUUAAGUGAAGAGUAA